AAAAAAGUUUUUCAAUUUAUUUUUAUCAUUUGAUAUUUUCAAUUGUUGUUGAUAACUUAAUUGUUGAUGAUUAGUAAAUUAUUGCAACUUGAUCAGUGUAAAUGAAAACAAUACAAACGAUGUUCAAUCAAUUAUAUUCAUACUCAGUGUCAAUAACUCAGCAGUUAAUUGUGAUCUCUUUAAUUGUUAGCCAGUUGAUUAACGUUUCGACCUACCAAUCACCCGGACAACAGAUUCAAUAUCAUAUGCAGGGAUUUUCUGGUCCUGAUUCUUAUCAAUUUGGAUUCGUCUCUUUAUCCGAAGCUAAUCCGUUAAGCCGACACGAAGAGCGGGACAGUUCAGGUCAAGUUCGUGGUUAUUAUUCAUUUAAAGAUCCAAAUGGUUUAAUUAAUUAUGUUCAAUAUCAGGCAACGAAAUCAACUGGAUUUAAAAUAACUAGGCAAUUGUUAAUUAAUCCAAAUACUGGAAAGAUAAUCAAUAAGAUUAAAAAUCGGAUUAAGAAGAAAUCGAGAAGACGAAAAAAGUUGAAGCGAUUCAAUUGGAAACGCCGGCGAACUCAUUGGAAUCCAAUCUGA